AUGGCCACCAACCGCUGCCUACAAAUUCUCACUGCCGCCGAUAACAUCACCGUGGCCGCAUACCAAAUCUUCUGCGAAUGCCAAACCGACGAGAACAUCAAGGUCAAAGACUGGGAGGAGCCUACUACUGGGCUAAAUGAUGAGGACAGGAAGAAGUUGGACGAGGUGGUUGGGAACUUGACACAUGCGUGGGAGCGGAGCGCUCCGUGCGCGAAUCUAGUGGCGUUGGUAAGGUGGCGGAGGGAUGCUAGGGGUAUUAUGGGCUAUCCAUGA